CAACAACAACAACAACAACAGCAACAACAACAACAACAACAACAGCAACAACAAGCUUUCUUUGCAUCACCUAUUCCUCCUCGUUCAGCUUCAGCAAAUACUACUAGUUAUAAUUUCAGUGAUCCAGAUCCUCAAACUUAUUGUAAUUACUUAUAUCAAGUUGGCUUUCUACAAGGCAACUUUUCUGAUAUCACAGUGACUAUUCCAAGUAUUGCGAAAUCAUUCACCCUUCAUUCUUUGAUUCUUUCUCGAUCGCCCUACCUAUAUCAACGCCUCCUAGAUAUUCAGUACAAAGAAAAUAGUCCAUCAGUGAUUGAAUUAGAUUAUGGUCAAGCUAUGGUGGAAGCCUUCCAUACCGUCUUUACUCACUUAUACCGUCCGCUCUCACAUCAAGAAAUGUCUUAUUUAGUCAAUGAAAAACCUCAGCUUUGUUUGGAUCUCAUCGGGAUUGCUGAUUAUCUAGAAUUGUCUCUCAAGGAUAUGUUACUUCACGUAAUCUUAUCUCAAGGCUUCAAUGAAACUUCUGCUAUGCAAUGGGUGCAAAUUUUAGAACCAUAUAUAUCAUCUCCAUCAACCUCAACAACUUAUCAUCAUCAGCCGGAUCACAAUAUGAAACCAUGGAUACGCACCUUAGAUGACCUUUUGAUACAGUAUUUGACACGUGGAUUAUCAACUCAACUCGAAGCCUUUUCUACCUCGGUCAAAAUGAGUGGCGGUGUCGUUAUUGGGAAACAUCAAGCUCAUGGGUAUAUGGAAUCCAAAACUCUUCCUUUACGUGGUAUGAAUGAUUUGGCCAAGUUGUAUUCUACCUUACCUUGGUCCUAUUUGAAGCGUUGUAUGGAACAUAAUGAUCUACCGGUACAAGAUACAAUCCAACGUUAUCUUUUUGCCAAAAAGGUGAUACAAUUACGAUCAUCUACCACUUUGGCGGAUGGUACAAUCACAAUAGGAUUACGUUUCGACACUACGGAGCAACAACGUCAAUCUACAAUUACAUCUACUCCAUCAACAUCAACUGCAAAUUUACCGAAAAGAAGGAAUGAUGACAAGGAUAAUACAAUCAUGACGUUAUAUUUGAUCAAAUCACCAAGACGCAAACUCGGGAAAUGGGAUCCUUCUUUAUACGAACUUGACUCUGAAGGUGAAAGUGAUGAUGAUUCAUAGAUACGAUUUUUCCUAUAAUACAAUGAAAAAAAAAAAACAACACACAAAAGAAAUAAACAGCAUCUUUCAUCUUGGAACUCUUUUUUUUUUUUUUUUUGACAUACAUUUUUAUUACACAGACUCCUAGUCCACUAUCUUUUUCUAUUGUACCCUUCACCCAUAGUUUUAGCAUUUCUCCUUUCUUAUUCUGACUCCACCUUAUAUGACCUUCUUGAUGUCUUAUUUUCCUCCUUUUCCAUUUUUGUUCCCAUAGUCCCUUUCUUUCCCCCUAUUCAAUCCAUCUAUUCUUAUAUAUACACACGCACCACUAUAUAUAUAUAUACUCAAUGAUCGUAUCACCAUUAUUUUAGUAUUAUUUGUCUCAUUUUUUUUUUGUUUUGUUUCUCC